AUGAGUGAGUCAAAAGGCGGAAGGCGGAGGAGGUCGAGCAGCAUCAUCUAUCAGGAACCUAUCGAGUCAAAUGAACAAAUGAGCGAUCAAGCUGCUCUGCCUAACCUUAAUGCCAAUUGGGUUAAUGCAAAGGGUGCCUGGACGAUCCAUUUCGUCUUGAUUGCUGCGCUAAAGAUCUUCUAUGAUAUCAUCCCCGGAGUGUCUCAAGAGACAUCGUGGACGCUCACCAAUAUCACCUAUAUGUUUGUCACAUUCAUCAUGUUCCAUUGGGUCCGAGGAAUUCCCUUUGAGUUCAACGCCGGCGCUUACGACAACCUCAACAUGUGGGAGCAAAUCGACAAUGGGGACCAAUAUACCCCUGCGAAAAAGUUCUUGCUUAGUGUGCCUAUUAUCCUAUUCCUCCUCAGCACUCAUUACACUCACUACGACUUGACCUCUUUUCUUAUCAACUUUUUGGCUACAUUAGGCGUUGUCAUUCCUAAAUUACCCAUUUCUCACCGUAUGCGGAUAGGUUUUUUCUCAGAGAUCGCGGAUGAUUCUUAG